AGCGGAAAGAGAGCCAUUCCGAUAAACGAGCGAAGAAGAAGAAGCAGGAGAAGAAGGUGAGGCCAGGCGUAGACCAGCAUGCCGUUGGUGAAGAGAAACAUCGAGCCCAGGCACCUGUGCCGUGGGGCGCUGCCAGAUGGGGUGACCAGUGAGUUGGAGUGUGUCACCAACAGCACCCUGGCAGCCAUCAUCAAACAACUGGGCAGUCUGAGUCGCCAUGCAGAGGACAUCUUCGGAGAACUGUUCAAUGAAGCCAACAGCUUCUACCUGAGGAUGAGCAGCCUGCAGGAGAGAGUGGACCAGCUGGCUGUGAAAGUCACCCAGCUCGACUCCACUGUGGAGGAAGUCUCCCUGCAGGACAUCAACAUGAGGAAGGCCUUUAAGAGCAGCACCAUCCAGGACCAGCAGGUGGUGUCGCGGACCUCUGUCCCCAACCCUGUGGUGGAGAUGUACCAUCGCUGCGAUAAACCUCCACCACUUAACAUCCUCAGCCCAUAUAGGGACGACAAGAAGGACGCGCUGAAGUUCUACACCGACCCGUCUUACUUCUUCAACCUGUGGAAGGAGAAGAUGCUGCAGGCCACCGAGGACAAGCGCAAGGAGAAGAGGCGGCAGAAGGGCUGUCCGGCCCACCCUGACAGGCCCCACUCCAGACAGGCCCCACCCAGGAGCCCCCUGUCCAUCUCUGAGCAGCAGAGGCAGGUGGAGGACCCGGGCAGAGAGGUGAAGAAGGUGCGUAAGGCUCGUAACCGCCGUCAGGAGUGGAACGUCCUCGCCUACGACAAAGAGUUCAGACCAGACGCAAGGCUCACGCCAUCCCCUUACCACGGCAUGUCCUCUGAAGGCUCCCUGUCCCCUGAUAGCAGAUCAAUGGCGUCUGACUCCUACCCAGCAAGUCCCAACCACCCCUCAACCCAGGCCCCCAGCGCCGCCCACCCCACUGACCACCACGCCAGGGAUCACCUCAGCGCCGCAGCCCAGACUCAGUCACUGGAUCGGGGCCUCAGGCCAGCCAACCAGCCCCCAGGGGCCGGAGCGGCCGCGGGGACAGGGAGACACGUGGCCUCCUUGGGCAGGACCCCCUCUGGACACGGGAUCCAGCCUGGCGGAGAUCCAACGGUUAACGGGCCGAGGCAGCCGUCUGUUAAGGAUUACCGGGCAGGUCACGCUGGCCAGCCCUCCACCAUCCCAGAGUACUAUAUCCCACCUGCCCCUCCCCCACCUCCUCCGACCAUCCCCUCUGCCCAGACGGCGUUCGACUCAACCACAGUCCCGCCCUCCGCCGCUGCCGCCGCCGCCUCCGCCGUGCCCCCCGCCUCCUCUGCCCUCGCCCGUCCCUACUCCCCCUCCCCUCCUCCUCCCCCGGCCAACUACGUGCCAUCUCCCUCCCACCCGCCUUCGGGCGCGCCACCCGCCGCCCCUCCACCUCCUCCGCCUGGAGCCCCUGCUGGCCACCCGGCCCACCCAUCCCCACCACAUGCUGCUGUGGGCCAGUCGGCUGCGGAUGCGGCGCCCCAGACGAGGAAGUCCACCAUGCUGGGGAUGAUCCCGAUGAGCGAUGCCCGCUCCGACCUGUUGGCCGCCAUACGUAGAGGUAUCCAGCUGAGGAAGGUGCAGGAGCAGAGGGAGCAGGAGGCCAAGAGGGAGCCUGUGGGCAACGACGUGGCCACCAUCCUAUCGCGCCGCAUCGCCGUGGAGUACAGCGAGUCCGACGACGACUCCGAGCUCGAUGAGAAUGAGUGGUCUGACUAA